AUGUCUCGGCUACUGCCCUGUUUGGACGACCCCUCCCCACCCUCAUUUACCGACAAUCUAGCGGCCAUCAGAACAUGGCUUGAGCUCUUGACGGAUAGCAAUCCUUAUACCCAGAUCGACUGGACGACCUAUCAGACCAUUCAUGCCUAUUUGACUUUCGACCCAUUGUCGAAGAAGUCAUCAGGCGGCGUCUCAAGACUCCUGGACCAGGCUGCUCUCAUCAUGGCUCAAGCUCUACCUCCCACUUCGCUUAUCGAUAGUGAAGACGAUAUCAAACCAUUGGCCAGACCCACUAAAGAUCAGGCGUACUCUCACAUUCACGCAAUUGCACAGUUCGUCCUCGAUGGGAUAACCAAGGCCAAAGCGGACAAGGAAAAGGCCGACGCCGAAGCGAGAUGGAAAGCCUGGUGCGAUAUCUAUGGCUAUCCUACGAAUUACGCGCAGCUCCCGCCCCUGCCGAAAGAGAUGGAAUGGGGGAUGUGGGGUCUGAUGUGGGUCGAUCCUAAUGAAUGGUGGACCAAGCCUGCAGCAUAA